UGCGCUCUUGUGUGUAAACUGUCUUCUACUUCCAUUAAUUUAAUAAAAAAAAAGAAAACACGGGCAGGGAGUGUUAAAGUUGUUAAAAAAAGUGUAGUUUUGUUAAUAUUUACUAGUCUAAUGUUAAUUAUUAUUAAAUCGAUACGUAAACAUUAAAAUUAAAUGUUUUAUUUGUUCAAAAACUGCUCAUGUCAUACACCGGAAGUGCAUAGCUCUGAUGGUCAUACAUAAGUCUAUUGGUGCACAGGUGCAACUAUUGCAAAUAGCUUCAACACGAGACAUGACUCCUUCAUCGUAAUAUUUUUUUAGUCUAAAAGUUGUUUUCUUUUUUAUUACAAAACCUCACAAUAUAUUAUAAAAAUAAAUAAAGACAGUGCUAAGUUUGAAAGUUCUAAAACUCACUCACCUACAUUCUACUUGUCUACAUUUCUCAAAGAAUUUACCAUCGCUGGCUGAGUAUUAAAAAGCUCAUCUGACAUCGAAUUGUAUUUGUUGAAAAUAUAAACAGACGAAAACAUAAGGCAUCACCAUGUCACUGACCGACAAAGUAUUCUUUCAGCUGUCAAUCAGCGUCAGCAAAGCCCUCAAUCCAAUGGAAACACCACUCAAACUUAAACACGCAAGAUCAGCAAUUAUAUCAACUCAUCGAACCAAAGAGACCAAAUCGUUUUGGGCUGUUGUUACAAAACAACCAUUGAUGGAAAAUCAAUUUACAGCAUGGAAAUUUUGUCAUCUAGUACAUAAAGUAUUACGGGAAGGUCACCCAAGUGCACUUAAACAUUCACGCAGUCAUAAGCAAAUGAUACACGAAAUGGGAAAACUCUGGGGGCAUUUACAAGACGGAGUUGGUAGUUGUAUACAAGCGUAUACAAAACUUAUCGUAACCAAAUUGGAGUUCCACGAAAAAAACCCUAAUUUUCCCGGAAGCUUAUUGAUCGACUUCAAAGAUCUCGAAAGAGUAGCUGGUGAUGAUAUAAAUUUUUACUUUCAAUUAGGAGUAGAAAUAUUCGAUUAUCUUGACGAUAUAAUUGCAUUGCAAACCAAAGUUUUUACAUCAAUAAAUACAUUCAGAAUGUCAUCCAUGACGCCGCAAGGUCAAUGCCGUCUUGCUCCAUUAAUUCCCCUUAUCCAGGACUCCAAUCCUCUCUACGAUCUAUCAGUACGUCUUAUGUUUAAGUUGCACGCUAACUUACCAAAUGAUAUUUUAACCGGACACCGUGACCGUUUUCGAAUAGUUUUUAAUCAAUUGAAAACAUUCUAUGAUGCCGUCCGUCCGUUACAAUAUUUUGCCGAUUUGAUACAAGUUCCACAUCUUCCACCACAUGCACCAAAUUUCUCAUCCAGUGUAGACUUUGGUAGCUACAUACCUCCAGUUGUGGUUGUUCCUCCUGAACCAGAACCAAUUGUUGAUAAUUUAGUUGAUGUAAGCGUAGAACAGAUGCAAAACAAUCGUGUAGAAACCCCAGAAAAUCCCCAAAUCGAUUUCGAGCGUUUACUGCAAGACAGAGAGGAAUUCAUACGCGAACUUCAAUUCGAAAUUGAACGAUUGAGGACAUGUGUUAAAUCCAUGACAAUAACACAUCGAGAUGAAUUGAAUAACUUGGAGGAACAAAUCUCUAGAUUAAAUUCAGAAUUAGCUAAUGCUAACGAAGAGUUAGUCACUAUGAGAAUUUUAAAAGAUGAUCUUGAAUUAAAACUCCAAACUGCACCAAUUCUUGAACAAAAAGCUACUGCAGAACACGAAAGAGCCAACAUUACGGAAGAAAAAUUCAACAAACUCAAGAAUAUGUACACGCAAAUUCGGGAGGAACAUAUAAAUUUACUGAGGCAGCAUGCAGAAGCUUCAAAGCAACUUAACACAAUUAAAAAACAAAACACCGAAUUAGUUGCAGAAAAGGAAUUAAUUAAGGUCCAAUUAGAUGAAUUUGCAGAAAAGCAAAUUGAAUAUGAACAAGUAUUAAGCAAAACCACAGAACUUGAGAACCAAACAAAAGAUCACAGCGUGAAGUAUGAAAAUCUUUGUGAAGAACAUAAAAGUCUUCAGCGUCGUUUCGAUGAUCUGCAAGUUGAUAAAUCCGCCGAAAUAGCUGAACUCAAAGAAAAAUCCGCUAUGCUAGAAAAUCAAAUUAUUCAAUCAAAAUCAGAUGCUAAUGCUUCUUUGGAGCAAAUUCAAAGUGAGCUAUCAUCGAAAAGAGAAGAAUGUGUUCAGUUAUCAGCUCAAUUAGUACGUUCAAAUGAGGAACAUGAACAAAUUGUGAAUGAAUUGAAGACCACAAAUAAGGAUUACGAAACAAAAAUUGAAGCCCUUAAUAGUGAAAUUCAGAAUGCAACAUCAAAAAAAGAAGAACUUAUGUUAUCCCAAGCGAAACUUGAACAGAAGAGCAAGGAACUUGAAAGUGAUUUUCAAGAACAAAUUCAGAAGCUUGAAAAUGCAAUACAAGAGAACAAUGUUAAACAUGACGAAGAAUUUAAAACUUGUAAAUUGCAGUUUGAGACCAGCCUCAAUACUAAGACUCUAGAAAUGGAACAAGAAAUUUCAAAAAGAACCGAUGAGCUAAAGACAGUUAAGACCAAUCUCGAAAGGUUAUCAGAAGAAAAAACUUCUCUGGAAUGUGAUAUACAAGAUUUAAUUCACCAGCAAUCAGAACUUGACAAUAAAUACAAACAGUCCUUGGAAACAAUAGCGUCACUGCAAUCAACUUUAUCCGCUACCGAAAUUCAUGGUGAAAGUGCCCUUCGAGCUUUGUUAGAAGCUUGCAUACGAUCUUCGGAAAAAUUAGCAAUUCGUGCUAAUACCGAAAAAGAGUUUUCAAAUGUUGCAGGAACUUCUACGUAUUUCAUGAUGUUAGCCGAAGAAUUACAAAACACACUCAAUGAACUUCAGAUUGUAUACGAAAAAUAUUCGGAUGAUAAAUCAGCAGUUGAAGGGUUUUCCCGAAAAAUUGUCCUCACAGGACAUUUACUUUCAAUCAUUCAAAUUCAAGGAAUGACUGUUUGUAAUACCGCAGCAGAUAUUGAAGCUGGUGAAGAAAUAUGCAAAAAGUUAAAAACAUUAGACACGGAUAUCAAUUCAAUGUAUCAGGCACUAUUGCAAUUAUCGGAACCUUCAGUUGUUCUUCCGAAAAUUGUCACUUUGAAGGAGAAAAUAACAAGUAUAACGGGAAUGAUACAUGAUUUAAGUACGAAAUCUGAUCCAAGUGGUCAAUUGGGAGAUUUAGUGGAAAAUGAAUUAGCAACUAUGGAUAAAGCAAUUGAAGAAGCAGCUUCGAAAAUUGUCGAACUACUUUCCAGCUCGCGAGCUUUAGAUUCUGGCAUUAAAUUGGAAGUAAAUGAACGUAUUUUAGAUGCUUGCACGAGCCUUAUGCAGAGUAUCCGGAUUUUGGUUCAAAGAGCAAAAUCAUUACAAGCAGAAAUAGUUGCCCUUGGAAAAGGAAGUGCAUCAGCCAAAGAGUUUUAUAAAAGAAACAACCAAUGGAGUGAAGGCCUUAUAUCUGCAGCUAAGAGUGUAGCAACUGGUGCAAAUCUUCUAGUAGAAGCCGCCAACAAAGCAGUAUCCGGGGAAGCAAAACAUCACUUAGACAUCAUUGUAGCUGCUCAAGAAAUAGCAGCAUGUACUGCCCAAUUAGUUGUAGCCAGUCGUGUUAAGGCUCCUCGAAAUAGCCAAAAAUUAAACGACCUUUCUACAGCAUCACGAAAUGUCACCCAAGCAACCGGUACUGUUGUUGCAACAGCCAAAGACUGUAGUCAACAUUUAGAAGAUUCUAAAGACUUCGAUUUAAGCAAACUGACAGUACAUCAAGCUAAAACAUUUGAAAUGGAAAUUCAAGUUAAAGUAUUAGAGCUCGAGCAGGCUUUACAAACCGAACGACUUAGAUUAGCAGCAUUCCGUAGGAAAAAUUAUAGAAAUGAUUGUGAUUAAUUUUUUUCAUUAUAUUGUUAAGCAUUUAUUUAAAAGUAAAAAAAAAACCAUUUCAUAAAGUAUGUUGUUAAAAACAUACAAGUUUAUUGUGUAGACAACAAUAAAUGAUGAUAAUAAUUGAUUAUGAUGAUGAGAUAUUGUAAAAUAUGGUUACUUUUUUUGUAUUUUUAUGUUUAAGCAAAGUUAAAAAAUUUUAUAUUCAAACAAAAUAUAAAAAUUAUUAUAUUUUUACAUUGUUAACAUCGAAAUUAUUUUUCAAUUUCAAAUAUUUUUACACACAUACCCUACCCAUGUUAUGUAGGGUAUAAAUUGUUCUAUUUUUAAUUGUCAAUAACGUUUAUCUAUUUAUUAUUAAAACAAAAAUACGAAAAUAUACCCAAUCGAACGAAUUUUAUUUGUAUAAUAUAUUUAUUAUUAUCAUUCAAAAAUAAAAUUAAACGAAAUAAAAAUAAAAUACUACUUCACACAAGACUGCCAAUCAGAAAAAGAAAAAAAAACAUAAUUAAGUAAUUGAAUUUCUUUUACAAAAAUAUAACAACACCGGUUACCUUCAUUUUCUAAAAAAUUGACAGAAAAUAGUUUUGCAAAUAAUUUUUUACUAAACAUUUAUGACACAAAAAAUUUGUUCUUGGGAUAUUAUAAAAUAAAGUUAAAAACAAAUUAAAAUACAAAUACAAUAAAUGCAGAAUGUGACUUAAAUUAAAAAAUAAAAUUGUGUUUUUAUUUUUCACUUCUUUGAUUAGGAGAGCUUUCAAUUUAGGAUAAAUGCCAAGAUAAAACAUUUCAUUGCAUAAUUUAAUGUAUUUUCCAAAGCUAAGAAGUUU